AAAGGCUUCCCUGCUGGGAGUUGGAUGGAUAAGUUAAUGUGGCAAAAGGCUGUCACAACAGGACCCUGGAGCAAGUCUUACAAAAGGCUGAGAGUUUCCUGAGAUGUGUGGGAGAGUGUGCUUGUCAGUGAAGGGUAAGGAGGAGUGAAGGGAAGCAUAAGAGAGUUCUGUCUCAAAAGAGCAGGUCAUAUCUGACUGACUACAUUUAUAUUUUGUUUCAAACCACAAGAACAGCAUGUUUGCACAAAUGGUGUGCAUGCUCUGUCUUUUUACCUCUUUUGGGCAUUUUCUGCCAGGACAGAGAGCCAGCUGCUUGCCAGACUUUAGAAGCCUGGAAGAAUCUCUGCAGGAGUGAAGGAAAGUAGAGUCUCAAACCUUCAUCCCUGACUUUAAAUAUACCAGCACAUUUUUAUCACAAAGACUGUGGAGGAAUAAGAUGAAGAGCCAACAGAUUGCUUACAGUUAAAGUAAUGAUAGCUGUUAAGGUUGACUAAAUCUUUAAUUCUGUGCUGGGAGCUGUUCUAAGCUUACUCCACACAUGUGCUGUUUAGUCCUCACUUCAGCCAUUGAAGAUUCUGAAUUGAAGAAAUUUUGCUCCAAAAACAUCCUGGUCAUCCUUGGUUUCUCCUCUAUCAUAGCUGUGAUAGCGUUGAUUGCUGUGGGGAUGACCCAGAACAAACCAUUGCCAGAAAAUGUUAAGUAUGGGAUUGUGCUGGAUGCAGGCUCUUCUCACACAAACUUGUACAUCUAUAAAUGGGCAGCUGAAAAGGAGAAUGACACAGGAGUGGUGCGCCAGAUAGAAGAAUGUAAAGUGAAAGGUCCUGGAAUCUCAAAAUAUGUUCAGAAACCAAAUGAAUUAGACAUGUACCUGACUGAAUGCAUGGAAAAGUCCAAAGAAGUGAUCCCAAGUUCUCAACAUCAGGAUACACCAGUUUAUCUGGGAGCCACAGCAGGCAUGCGGUUACUCAGAAUGGAAAAUGAACAGUCGGCAGAAAGGGUCCUGGCUGCAGUGUCAAGGAGCCUUAGCAACUACCCCUUUGACUUCCAGGGUGCACGGAUUAUCACUGGCCAAGAGGAAGGUGCCUAUGGAUGGAUUACCAUCAACUAUCUGCUGGGCAAAUUCACUCAGAAAUUGAGUUGGCUCAGCUUCAUUCCACAAAGUCAGGAAACCUUUGGAGCUCUGGACCUUGGGGGAGCCUCUACACAAAUCACUUUUGUACCCCUAAACUACACUGUGGAGUCUCCCGAAAACUCUCUGCAAUUUCGUCUUUAUGGCAAAGACUACACUGUAUACACACACAGCUUCUUGUGCUACGGGAAAGAUCAAGCACUCUGGCAGAAACUGGCCAAGGACAUUCAGGUUUCAAGUAGCAGAACCAUCAGGGACCCAUGCUUUCACUCUGGAUAUGAGAAGACAAUGAAUGUAAGUGAGGUCUACAAGAGCCCCUGCACCAACAGGCUCCAGAAAAUGCUGCCAUUUGAUCAGUUUCAAAUCCAGGGUACUGGAGACUAUCAAAAAUGCCAGCAAAGUAUUCUUGAGCUCUUCAACACCAGUUACUGCCCUUACUCAAGCUGCGCCUUCAAUGGGAUUUUCUUGCCACCACUCCAAGGGAAUUUUGGGGCAUUUUCAGCUUUCUAUUUUGUGAUGGAUUUUUUAAACUUAACAUCGGAAAAAGUGUCCUCUGAGGAACAGAUGAUUGAGAUAAUGGGAAAUUUCUGCUCUAAGUCCUGGGAGGAGGUAAAGACAUCUUUUCCUGAAAUAAAGGAGAAAUAUCUGAGUGAAUACUGCUUUUCUGGGGCCUACAUCCUCUCCCUUCUUCUGCAAGGCUAUCAUUUUACAAAUGAUUCCUGGGAGCAAAUUCAUUUUAUGGGCAAGGUCGAGGGUAGCAACGCCGGCUGGACUUUGGGCUACAUGCUGAAUCUGACCAACAUGAUCCCAGCUGAGCAACCAUCAUCUGCACGUCUCCCACAUUCCACUUACAUCUUCCUCAUGGUCCUCUUCUCCCUGAUCCUGGUUGCAGUGUUCAUCACAGGCAUAUUUAUCUGUAACAAGCCUUCCUACUUCUGGAAAGAAAUGGUAUAGCACGAGCAGCUGAAAUCUGCUGUCCGGAAUAAGUAAUAACAACAACAACAACAACAAUAACUUGUCCAAGGAGCACUUCCUUCCAGGCAGCAGCAAGAUUAUCCUUCCCUGAUUUCCAGGGCCAAUCUAGACCAGCCUGAGGCUUCCUUCGUUUUUGCUGAAGCCUUUUCUUGGGAAGUGUUUCACAACCCCUGCCUCAUGAGCCUCCUGGCAGAUAACUGUAUCUUGUCUGUCUUUCCCAGUCACCUCUUUCUCUGUUGUACUUUAUUCUUGUAUAGGUUAUAAAGACCUGCCACCUUUCAUGAUGUUUGCUUUAUAAAUGAACAAUACUGACUGAACAAUACUGAAGUAAGAGUUCUAAGUCCCAUGCCAGGAAGCAGAGGUAGUUAAAAGAACCUCAGAAACUGGCUCACUCAGAAUCUUUAUGAAUCUCUUCCUUCCUCAUUCCUUCUUACAAAAAAAAAGCCAUAUAAUGCCUUUGGAAAGAACAGACAUAAAUCCCAUUCUCAGUCUUAGCCAAAGAGUUUUGCAAGGAAAUAUACAUUUGUGCAUCUAAUACAAUUGUUAAUCUCCUUAAAAUUGGUAUGCCAGUUAAUUAUAAUUUCCUGGGUGAGGCCAGGAUGCUACCAGGUAGAACACUUGGACCAGAGAUUUUUUUUUUUAAGUCAGAUGAACAUACGAAUAUUUAGAUGUAAGAGAAUAUUAAGUUGUAGAUGUUAGGAAGAAAAAUUCAGUCAUGACUCAGGGUCAGGAAAAAUACAAACCUCCAAUGCAAUCUUUCAAGUUUUGUUUUUAUUAUCUUAAAAAUACACAUAACCUAAAUAUCACUAUCCUAUCAUUCAAAUCAGUACACUGAGUAGCAUUUAGUAUAUUUACAAUGUUUUGCAGAUAUCACUCUUUUGCUUCAUAACACUUAUUCACCAAGUAGUUGGCUAUCACAAAUCUUUCAGCUGACAGCUAAAUGUGCUAAUGAAUUCUACUACAAAGAUGGUUCACUGAAUUUUAAAGCCAUGCCACAUUUAUCAUCCUAAGAUUUAAUUUAGUGAGAGUAUAGCAUUAGGGUGGAGUGGCAUGCUUUUCUCCUGUGCCAGGAACCAAGUCUGAAGGUGGUGUUCUCAUCGCUGUUAUACAAGCAUGAGCUUCAUUUACUUCAUAGAAUGUUUUGUGGAGAAAUGGCUAUGGAAUUUCAUGGAAACAAGAAGAGACCCUACCGUUUCCUUUAAGGAUCGCUACAAGUAACCUGUUGAGCAGGAUUGAGUGGUAGUAUCAUUCUCACCUUAUCCCAGGCAACCUGUCCAUUUCUGGAUCCAAGGACUGACUUUUGAGCCGAUGCAGAAAGAAAGCAAGCUCUCCUACAAACUAAAAGCCAAAUGUCCCUGUAUCUCUUGAACGAUCAAGCCAUUUUUUUUAAUAAAAGCUGGUGAAUAUAAACUUAUUAAA